CUGGUCUUCCAUCUGAGGAGGUAUAUUAGAACAGCCACUUUGAAGACCAGGGGGGAAACGCACACUGACAUCCCCAUGGAAACGCUCCUGCUGCCGUGUGUGUCCUGCCAGUUCUCUCUUCAUUUCUAAAAACUUUAUUAAUCGCUCUGUUCUGCAUUUCCACUUCCCUGUGUACGGCCUGUGCACUGAGUCACUGAGGCAAAUGAAGGAGAGAAUGAAUGGAGUGAAGAAAAAAAGGGUGUGCUCUGAGUGGCGGAAGGCUCGUUCUCGGGUAGCAGCGCGUGGCAGGCGGGAGAGGGAGUGUGGGUUGUUUGGGGAGCUGUUGAGGGGGCUCCCCCUGCCGCAGCCCGUGGUGGCUCAUCUGGACAAGGCCUCCGUCAUCAGGCUCACGCUCAGCUACCUGCGUCUGCGGGCCCUGCUGGACGCACCUGACUGCGCAGUGAACGCUCCUCACUGCACACUGGAGGGGACACGCCCUGUUACUCUGCAGAGCAGCAAUGCUGGACAAGGGUAUGAGCCUGACGUGACGUCUUGUGUGGAGAUGGUGCUGGACUCCGCCCUCGAAGGCUUUUUGCUGCUGUUGUCCAGGGAUGGGCAAGUCAUCUACACCACAGAGGCUAUAAGCAUGCACACAGGCAUCAAACAGGUGGAUCUGAUUGGGCAGUGUUUGUAUGACUUCAUGCACCCAUGUGACCAGCAAGAGGCUCGUGAAAUCCUGUCCAGCAAAUCAGGUGUGGAAGAAUGUCAGAAGUGUGACCUUUUCUUCCGGAUGAGGUGCACUUUGACCCCCCAGAGAAGAAAUGUCAACCUGAAAUCCAGCACCUGGAAGGUGGUGCACUGUACAGGUGUGAGGAAGCUUUCUGUGCCCGCUGGCUCAGUCUGUCUGGUGCUACUGUGCCAGUCUCUGCCUGUGCCCAUGUCUGGUGCCUAUGAUACCAACUUGAACUGCAGUGCCUUCCUGAGCAAACACAGCCCUGAUAUGAGAUUCACAUACUGCCAGCCCAGGGUCUUCCAGCUGACUGGAUACACAGAGACAGAUCUGUUGGGUCACUCUGUGUAUCAGUACUACCACGCCUCUGACUGCCAGCAUGUCCACAAGGCCCAUCUGAGCCUGUUCUCCAAGGGCCAGACAUCCACAGGAAAGUACCGUCUGCUCGUGAAACACGGGGGGUACGUGUGGGUGGAGACUGUUGCCACGGUGGUGUACAACAGCCGUACCGGGCAACUACAGAGCGUCAUCUGCAUCAACUACAUUCUGAGUGAAGUGGAGCAGUCGGGGGUUAUGUUCUCCCUGGAGCAGAUGGAACGUCUCCUAAAGCCCUUGGCCUCAAGUCCUGCCCCUGUCUCGCCCCUCCUCCUCCCGGGUGCCAUCCUACUGGACGAGCUCAGCCAAAAAGCAGCUGAUCCCAGAGACAGUGAGAGUCCAGGAGGAAGCACAUGGACCAGAGAAUAUGAAGGCCAUCUCAAUGACAUACCAGAGAAGGAUAACUUCACGACAUGUCAUGACCUGGAGACUCUGGCUCCAUAUAUCCCAAUGGAUGGAGAAGACUUCCUCCUCUCUCCCCUUUCAGACAUGGAGGGAGUUGAGCAUGAAGGGCAGGAACUCCUCCAUCCCUUCCCCCUCUCCUUCCCAAACCUGGAGAUUAAGAGCCAUGCCUCCCCCCUCUCACACCUCAACCACAUGUGGGCACGUCUGACACCCCACAUGAGCUCGCAAAGCCCACCUAACUACUACUCCUCUGGCAACUCCAACCAGGCACACACACUAAUGACAGAACAUGGAGGUGAUUCAGGGCGUGGCUGCAGACAGAGGUCAGGGCAGGGCUGGUGGCAGCCACAGAAGAGAUACAGGGAAAAUAUGCACCUCUCACCUGGACCAUACCCACAGUGUUGCCCUCCCAUGUGGCCCUCGCAGCAUACAGCCCCUUCUUUGAAGACGCUGAAAAACGCAGACUCGUCCUACAACACAAACUGCACCCCCUGUUGGUGGAGCCCAGAUGGAUCUGUGUGUCGCUGUGGGCCUGUGCCAUGGGCCCCAGGACACACUGAUUUCUCCAUUAAUAUCAGAAACCAGCAGCAUCCGAUCAGAGACCCACACAGAACUGUGUUGCUGAGGUGUGGCUCGGCGCUGCCGGUGCUGAGUCGGUGGGAGUGUGAGGUGAAUGCACCACUGGACCCGUCCUCCUGCCUGCUCCACGGGGCCGAGAUCCUGUCUGUCCUGGACCAGGCCAUGUCCCGGCUCCCCCCGUGAGAGCGGCGUCAGGCUCUGCUCAUACCCCCCCCCCCCCAUC